AUUAUUUAUUGAUUACGUCACUGUUGUGGCGACUCAUCAUCGUCGGUUCGAAUCAGUUGAACUAAUCAUCUUUUCUUAACAAAGCAAAUACAAUAUUAGGACGCCGCUGCUUCCAUAAUUCCCGGCGAAUCAUUUGUUGUCUCUAACCGACAGCCACCGAUUUCUCCGGCGAAGAUGGUGAGUCCAACGAGAGACGCUAUCCAAUCUUAUAUGAGCAUCACUGGCGCGUCCGAGUCACUCGCGAUUCAGAGACUUGAGGAACAUGGCAAUAAUCUCCCUGAAGCCAUCAAUUCCCACUUUAGAGAUGUGGAAAGAAGCAUUUAUGAUGACUCAAGCUUAGACAGUCGUUCAGACUACAAUGUUGUGGAAGAUAACAAUCACGUUCGUGGUAACGAGACUAGGCCAGUCAACGAGCCUAGGCCAGUCCCAGGCGCACUUCCAUCUAUCCUCUCGGCUGCUCGGGCUUUUAGACCGUCUUUGCUUCUAGAUCCCAAUUACAGACGAAAUAUCUUUAGGCAGCUCAGCGGCUCUGCUCUCUCUGGAAGUCCUUCGCCAUCACCUCACACAGGAGAAGUCACAGGGUUCCCUGCUCACUCUACCUGGGGAAAUGAUCAGACUCAACCUCCUCCUCGACUUGGAGAGGUUGGAGACGGUUAUGCUAGACAUUCACCAACCUAUGGAUCCCAGGUCCAUGGUGGGACACAUAGGGAUGCUGCAUCACCCGUCCAUAGCAAUGAUGCAGAAGAAGAAAUGAUCAGAGCUGCCAUUGAGGCCUCGAAGAAGGAUUUUCAAGAGGGUCGUCACAACACUAGAUAUAGUUUGGACAAUGAUCCAUCUAGCGUUUUAUCUCCAAGAGAGGUUAUUAACCGGGAAGAUGAGGACAUUGCCCGUGCAAUUUCGAUGUCCUUAGAGAUGGAAGAGCAUGAGAAUGCGUUGCGAGAACAACUAGCUGAAUUUAUGCCUCAGUCCGUGGAGCAUCAUGACCCAUGUCAAUCUAAUACAAAUGAAAGUACCAGAUAUCAGCCUGGGAGCUCUUCAGUGCAAGACAAGCGUGAAGACAUGAAACAAAAGCAGCCAAUUAAUACCAGCUCUCAGCACAGACAUGAUCUCCAGAAUGUUGAAGCUUCUUAUCCUGAAGAGUGGGGUGGCAUUCCGUCAAAAGAGCUACAUGAGGCAAUAAUGCUGGAAAAGGCACUCUUUAGUGGAGUAGCUAAAGAAAGUGCUUCGCAUAAUAGUCAACCUGGAGUUCUCAAGGAGUCACAAUCUCCCGAUAAGAGGGUCGUUGGACAGGAACCUGAGAGAAAGGUAGCUUUUCCCAUUGAGCCGUCAGUUGAAAAUGAAGAUGCCAUCACUCUACUUGUUAGAAUGCCAGAUAGCAGCCGUCAUGGUCGUCGCUUUCUCAAAUCAGACAAGCUUAAGUACCUUUUUGACUUCAUAGAUGCUGCUGGAUUAGUCAAACCUGGCACAUAUAGAGUGAUUAGACCAUAUCCUCGACGUGCUUUCAGCCUUCAAGACGGUGCCUUAACCUUUGAGGAACUCAGUCUCACCAACAAACAAGAAGCGUUGUUUCUGGAACUACUGGAGUAGCAGUGUAACCAGAGAUUAAGAUAGCAGAAACUAGUUGAAGUUCAGUGUACUAUAAGUCUGUAAGCGCUUUCGUAGCUAACUGCAUAGUCACACACUUUGUAGUAGACUCUCUAGUUCAUUCGCUCACAAUGAAUCUCCGGUUUGAAA